ACAACACAUUCACACUCUCUCACACACGGUCUGCACCAUGAGCGCUGCCCAGGGUUAUCCAUACCCCCAGGUGUUUCUAGUGGACAGCGGGGGAGGUGGACAGACAUCGGACCACCCUCCAGGCCUGGUGCCCUGCUGGCCCUUCCCUCCUGCCCAACAAAGGGUGAGGGAGCGGGAAAGGGCCAGGGGCUGCCGCUCCUGGGGCUUGGCUUUAGCUCUGCUAUUUUUGAUGCUGCUGAUGUUUGGUGCAAUGGGCCUGGGAGCCUACCAGAUUCACAAGCUGCAGACACAGCUGGACAGAAUGCAACAGGAAUAUAGCACUGAGAACAAGGUCCAUGCACCUGAGAAGCUUGUCGGUGUCUUUCCAGGGACGGAUCCAGACAGAGAGAAGAAAGCUAGCCGACCUGCAGCACAUGUCAUAGGUCGGAUCAACAAGGAUGUUUCCCAGAAAACAUUGCGUUGGGAGCCCAAGGCGGGGCGGGCCUUUUCCCAAGGGGGCGUGAUCUAUCGGGAUGGCGGUUUACAGGUCAAUGAGACCGGGCUCUACCACAUAUAUACCCGGGUGCAGUUUGAUGCCAAUCGUUGCACCCCUACAGACUCUUUGGUUCACACGGUCUUUGUGAGGAGGCAUGCUCACCCUAAGCCGCUCACCCUGAUGGAAGCACACAGGGAGGGCUACUGCAACCCGGGCUUCACUAAGAGUGUCUGGACCUCGGGGAGUUACCUGGGCUCUGCGCUGCAGCUGGAGAAGCAGGACUGGGUGUAUGUCAACGUCUCCCACCCAGACCUGUUGAGUCACAGUCAUCAUGCCAACUUCUUUGGACUCCACAAGGUUUAGGACAGGAGACAACGAUUACAUGUUGUCUAAACAGUAGUGUCAGUGUAUUGAGGAUGUGUUAUUUAUUUGUAACGAUGGCAUUGGAGUGGGUUUCAGCGGAAAUCAAAAUGAACCGUAACACUAAUAUACGGGUGCGAAAGUGGUAUUUAGUAUUUAUUCCGAUAUAAAUCUGACACUGGUUCCAGUUGUUGGUUUGAAUGUAUAUAUAUAGAGAGAGAUUAGAACAAAGAGAAAUCAAGGAUGUUUCAGUGGUCUGAACUGCUGCCUCUGGUGCAUAUGUUCUUCUGCAGCAUGGGUUCGAAUCCAGCCCAGUGCUCUUUCAACAAAAACUCUCUUCUCUCCAACUCACCACUGUCUUAUCCAAUGAAGCAUGAAAUAUCAGAAAAAAAUAUAUUCAAUAUUUUUUUUAAUUUCUGAUUAGUAUGUAUGUCAACAG